AUGAGCGACGAUGAAGAAGCUCAUUGGCCUUUAGAAUCUAUCAUUGCUGCUCAUGUCAAGCGACAAGGUCGAGGUAAAGCAUGGGAAUAUCGCGUUAGAUGGAAAGGAUAUAGCGAAAAAGAUGAUACAUGGGAGCCCGUCAAGUCUUUUGCAGAAUCAGAGCACUUCAUUGACAACUUCUGGUCGAGAACUUCAAAGAUGUUGAAUGGGCGGGAUAUCAAGGAUUUGAAUGCUUUCAAGAUUGGAGAGGAAUUCUUCCCAGUUGGUCCACCAUUGAAGAAGCGAAAGUCUCGGUCUGCAAUCAAAGACAACUCUCCUGUUGCUAGUGGCUCAAGACAGACCCCAAUGAACAACAAAAGACUUCGUACUCCUUCCCCGACUAUACCAGAAGAACCUUCGCCAAAACGAGCGCGUCAAUUAACCGAUGAUGGCGUCGAAACACCGUCUGGACGCAGAACAAACCGGACUCUGACCAGUAUAUCUCCCCGCCGCCCAGUCAGAAAACUUCAAAAGGAAGCGUCGGUCGUUCCUGCAUCUGAGGGCGAAGAGGAGGAUGAGAUCGAAAUAGUUGAGACCGCGAUCGCCUCUGAAGCUCCUCCGCGCUUUAGACGGCGUUCAGCUGACAACAUCGGCCAGAAUUCAUUAGAGGAUAACGAAGCUCAGUUAAAAGCAGAUCCGCCUGUUCCUGCGCACAGAAUGCGCGCUGCUAAUCCUUUGGUGCAUAUGCUGGAUGACUUCGGUGAUAUGGACGGAGCGAUAGGUGUCAAAGCUAGAAUCUCAGGAAAAGGGAAAGCCGACGCGAGUGGGUCGUCUAAGCCUUCCACCUCGAACUCCGUUCACAGGCGAAAACCUGGUCCCGGUCGCUCAUCCGAAGGUUUCGGGAAAAACAAAAGCACGAGCUCACUUUUGACCUUUGACAAAGGCCAACUGAAGACUGUGAAGGGAAAGUAUGUCGCAACAGAAAUUGUUGCGCGACGGGAGCAGGAUGAUGCAGGUGAUGGCACCCCCGAUAUUUUGAAUGAUUCGUCGCAGCAGCCUCCUUCACAUGUGCUUCCUCCGACAAGUGGAGAGUUAGUCCAACUCGUCUCUCGCGUCGCGGAAGAUGCAGAGGAGCUACAAGCUUUCGAAGAAACUGAGGGCGCUCCUUCUCCUGGACCUUCGAAUGGCCCCAGCUCUAUCUUGCAACGCAGCCUGUCGCUUGCAAAAGAGAGCUUGUUCCCAUCUUGGUCUGCAGUGCCAUUUGCGUCUGCCGCUUUCACCAAACGCCCAACAAUUUUUGGUCCACUUGGCUCUGGGUCUGACGUUCGACCAGCAUCUAACACGAAUAACCCCACCAACGCUACUCAAGUUGUACAAACUCAGCCGUUCCUGGUGACUAUCGACGUGGCAAAAAAAAUUCCAGUCGUCCUGACCGAUCUUUCGCCCAAUGAUGCUUCAAUACUUGAUAAGAUCGUCCGCAAUGCAUCAGGGGGACCUCCAGGAAAAUUCUACUCUAAUAAUGCUGCACUUGCUAUCCUGGAUACAUUACGAACAGGCGGUGCAUCGGCAAAAGUGAUUCCGUCCCCCAAUGCGACUGAAUCCGAGACCCAGGAACUUGCGAGGUUCAGUGAAAGAUUGAGCCUGAACGAAUUGUUCGUGCUCAUGGUGGGAUUCGAUCUUUUGGUGUUUUGCUCGUCGAGUGCCACUUUGAUCACACAGAGGCUGAACAUACCUACCUCACUUCUCAGUGAACCGGCAAGCCUUCUAGUCGAACAAGUGAGCAUCUCAAAUCAUUCUGCCUAUGCCAAUGCGGUGUUGCAGGCGAAUGAGUAA